AUGGCGGUGCAACUGCGACAGGUCAAUGGCGAAGCGGUGGGAGGCCACCGCCCACUGCUCCUGUCGGCGCUGCCCCCUGAGGGCCACCGGCGCACGCCCAGCGACCUGAGCUGCGUCAUAGAUGUGUCAUGGUCCAUGAGUAUGGAAGCCAACGUCAAGGCAGCUUCGGGUGCCAGUGAGAGCAAUGGACUCUCAAUGCUGGACAUUGCCAAGCAUGCCGUGCGCACGGUUAUCCAGACUCUGAACGCACAGGAUCGCUUGUGCAUCAUCAGCUUUUGUCGUCAAGGGGAACUGGUCUUACCUUUGACGCAAAUGGAUGAGGCCGGGAAGGCCAAGGCUGAGGAACUCUUGGAGAAGAUCAGCUUUGGCAGCGGCACAGCACUGUGGCAGGGACUCUACCGCAGCUUUGAGGAGUUGUACCGGCAUCGUGCUGAGGACCGUUUGGGUCACACGAUGCUGUUGACCGACGGCGAAACGGAAGAUGCCGAUCAACUGCUAAACUAUCUGAAGGAGUCUCACGGCAGAUACGGCGGCCGCCUUCCGAGUUCCGUGAGCACGUUCGGUUUCGGUUACGAGAUCGACAGCAAGUUGCUGGUCGAACUGGCGUCCGCUUGCGGUGGCACCUACUCCUUCAUCCCCGAUGCUGGCUUCGUUGGGACCAUCUUCGUGAAUUGCAUCAGCAACCUGCUGGCCACCUGCUGCGCGGAUGCCAGGUUAAAGGUGGAACCCGCUGCGGCGGUCCGGCAAGUGCUGGGUGGCUAUGAGUUGGCUCUGGGAGAAAUUCAGCUUGGAGCUCUCCAGUAUGGUCAAUCCAACGACGUGGUCUUGAUGUUAGAUCCCGAGGCGGCUUUGCCUGUGGUGACCUUGGAGUACACGGCCUUAGGCGGAAAGAGCUGCUCAGUCACUGCGGCGACCACUUCGGAGGUAAAAGAGUUGGACGUGCAAAUGAACCGCUCCAACUUUGUGGAUGCUCUGGCCCGAAUCGUGCCGAGCGUGGAGGACGGCCUUCAUGUCAUGCAGGCUGCCUGCACCAUCAAUGUGUAUCCUGCCGGCUGCCGCGAUGGCUAUGUGAAGUAUGGACGAAAUCAAAUCGGAGAAAUCAGAAAACUGCAGCGCGCCGAGCCUUACCAAGAGAUCAAGGAAAAGAUCAAGGUGCAUGCGCAUGUCUCGGCUGAAGAAAAAGCCCAGAGUGUAAAGAGGCACCUGCUAAGGAAGGGAAUUUCGAGCACAGUGUCAGUGAGUUUUUCAUUCAUACCAGUUCCAGAAUCUCCAUCAGCUUUUGACUUCCAGGAGAUCCAUGUUCAGGAGGAGGUGCACAAAGAACCAAUUGUUUUGGUAGAGCGCUGCAUUCACAAGGGCCGCUCCAUGAUUUUAAAGAAAUAUCUGCGCAGCAGAAUGUCUUGGCAUGACUCUCUUUUGGAGCAACAGUUGUAUGAAAUGAACAUGUACUACCAGGACUUGAAAGGUCUUCCCAAUGUGGUGCAGCUUGAGGGUCAUUUCCAAGACCCUUAUGGAAACCUCACCUUUGUUUUUCCAGAUCUGGGCGUCAACAUUUAUCCCAGACACAAGGCUGGCAUAGUGAGCUAUAUGCAGCAGCUCCUGAAUGGUUUGAACGCACUUUGGCACAAAGACAUUGUGCAUUGUAAUAUCAAAGGAGGAAAAAAACCCAAUGCCAUUUUUGAUUCCGCCGGCAGAUUGACAAUCAUUGAUUUUGAGUCGGCAGUCAGGCGUCAUGAGCGAAUUGGCCAUAGAGAAAAAGAGGGAGAGACACUGGAGUACACAGGAAAUCUUUGUUACGCAGCACCCGAGGUGUUUGUUGCACAGCAUGGGUGGGGCCCUUAUGGACCAACAAGGUUUGGGCGUAACCGAGAUGUUUACAAUGCUGGAGUUGUAUUUGUGGAACUUCUACUGGACAUCAAAUAUCAUCUAUUCCAGUACACUCAGUGGGAAGAGAGUGUGAAGCGUGAGCAAGAAGAGAUCAUCAGAGUUCGUGAGACGCUAAAGCGUCGCUUGGCCCAAAUGAGCCCCGUUGCAGCUCUGCAGGGAGAUGGCGACUUUCGAGUUGCAGAUUUGGCAUUCAACAAGCUCGGAUGUGAUUUAGCUUCCACGAUGCUGACAUGGCAUCGUCUUGAUCGCCCAAGUCCUGAAGCAUUGCGAUUUAGCAUCCGUUUUUUCACAUGGAACCCGCGAUUUGCAGUAAGAUGCAAGUCAUGUAAGCUUGCAAGUCUGUCAAGAUGUCAGACUUUGACUUACAGAUUUUGACCAUCUAGGCUAAGUUGAUGCAGUCACGCAGUGUGGAGAGAAA